GUUUAGGUCAUAAUUAGGUUUUAAGUAAGUGACGAAACCAAAUUUUUAGUUUACUAUCAAACAUCAUAAAUGUGAGAAUUCAGAGUUUAAUAAUUGAAUACUUAUAUGUGCAAUUAUGGGUACUGUAACAAUAUUGGUCUUCGUAAUUACAAUGUUUACUCUCACGUCAGCAACAAGUCCUUUCUUUACAAGACUCUUCGACAGUAUAAGGUACCUAUAUGGAGGUAGGCCCACUACAACAAGACAAUCUUCUCCUGAUGUUACUUCAGUAAGAGACAGAUAUCUGUGCCCCUGUCCUGUACCACCAGAAGUGCAAGAGGAUCAUGAAAAACUGCCAAGUUCUGGAUUAUACCAAUCUGAAGAAUUGCAGGAGGAUCAUAGUAAAGGGCCGAUGCCAAGUGAUGAAGAGUACAAAUCUGUAGGAGUUCAAGAAAGUUAUAAAAAUGUGCCGAUACCAAGUACUGGAUCUUACCAUUCUAUAGGACUCCCGGGAAAUUAUAGAAAAGUACGAAGUGCUGAAUCUUACCAAUCUGUAGGAGUGCAUCCCAUAGAAGAGACCAAGUUCUGUCCCUGUCCUAACGAUGUAAGCGCUAUAAGAAAUGAGAUAUAUCCAAGAUUCGACAUGCCUGAAGCUGAUCCUCCAGAAACAUCUCCUCCACUCCUUCGUCGUCGUGGUAAUGAUUUCUUGUCAAGAGCUCUUAACAUUAUACCAAACGCAGCAAAAAGAAUUGUAACAGACGUUGAUAACCUCUUUCAGUAAUCUAAAUGAUAUAUUUAUCGGUAUAGUACUACCAGCUCUCUAAGACACUCAUUAAUAUUCAGCUCAAUGGGUGCUAUUGUUCGAUGUGUGGAAUUACAUAAACAAGGGAUCAUUUCAUAGAACGGCGUGGUCAGAUGGCGUGGUCAGAUGCUGGAACACCACGAGACGCCAAAAUACCUUGGCGUCCGUCUGGAUAGAACUAUGUCUUACCGAUACCAAUGUCAACACGUCAAGAAGAAGGUAAGUGCCAGAAAUAAUAUCAUCCGCAAGUUAACUAAUACAAAAUGGGGAGCACAACCACACACGCUCCGCACUUCUGCAUUAUGCAUUAUGUUUUUCGGCCGCGGAGUUUGGAGCACCAGUAUGGGCAAACUCUGCUCACGCAAAGAACGUCGACGUGGCUCUAAAUGAAACGGUUCGUAUAAUAUCGGGUUGCCUAAAACCGACACCUAUCGAAGAGGUAUACCCCAUAGCUGGGAUUGCUCCACCACCUAUCAGGAGAAAGGUCACGUCAGAGGUAGAACGAAAAAAGCAGGAGACGGACCGAAGACACCCCUUAUAUGACCACCAAACUCAGCCAAGCAGACUAAGAUCUCGGAAAAGCUUCCUGAAAACAUCAAGAUUCAUCCCCGAAGCGCCAGAAACGCGCCGAAUACACUUAUGGCAAGCGUCAGCUACCGCAACACAUUUUCCUCCCUCAGAGGAAAUGGCUGCUGGACACAAUUUACCGUAUCCGACUUGGAAAGCGCUAAACAGGCUAAGAACCGGCGUUUCACGUUGUGCUAGUAACCUAAAAAAAGGGGGAUACCAGGAGGACGAUAUCUGCGACUGUGGCGCGGUUCAGACCAGCCGGCAUCUACUAUCAUGCACAGAGAUGAGAGAAUCCUGCACAGAAGAAGACUUAAUUAUAGCAAAUGACAGGGCCAUCUAUGUGGCCAACCAUUGGAAAUACAGAAUUUAAAGUUGUUGGUGUUCCGGACACGGAAAGUAAGUAAGUAUUUCAUAGAACAGGUAGAUCCUUUGUUUAUGAAAUUCCAUACCUACCUAGAACAGUGUCACCUUUCUGAGCUGAAUACACAUGAGUUUCUUAGAUAGCUGGUAGUACUAUACACAUUUGUAUUUUCGGACAAUGCUUAAAUAUUAAUGUUUUAAAACACAUGUAAAAUAUUAACAUGAUUAAUAUUGUAAAUAAUGUACUCGCUUCGGCGGUACAUAUACUAAAAUUGGAACGAUACAGAGAAGAUUAGCAUGGCCCCUGCGCAAGGAUGACACGCAAAAUCGUGAAGCGUUCCACAUUUUUGUGCU